GCGAGUUGCGCCGACGUGGGCGCGCGGUAGCCUCUUAGAUUUUGGAAAUAGUGGUUAAGAGUGUCAUUUUCGUAUUAAUUUUUGGGUAUCAAUCAAAGGGAAUCGACUAGUCCAAACAAACUCCCAGAAAAUUAAGCAGAACAACGAGGAAUUGGAGCAAUACAGGAGACUGCGGAGGCUCAAUGAUCAGAUCCCUUUUGUUUUCUUCCACUUUUGUGCCGAUUUUCAGAACCACUCGGACAUCUCCCUCCAACUUUCUGGGAUUUCAUUGCCUACCUUUCUCUGCCACUGCUCGCUUUACACUCGUAUCUGUUCUUCACUGCCCAGGCAUUGGGGUCAGAAAUCCAGCUUCUUUUUGCAGCAAUUCCCUUUCAGUUUCUGCUAAGCCAACAUUGUUUAUGGAGGAAGUCCCAGCUGCAAAUGAGGUUCAACUGGUUGAAGUACUUGAUGCAACCAACGAUGAUCAUGGAGGCGUUCUCGUGGAAAUGGAUAAAGCUAUGGACUCUGAGGUCUUUGUGCCCAUCCUUAGAGCUUCAAUUUCACAUUGGAAACAACAGGGCAAAAAAGGUGUUUGGCUUAAACUGCCCAUUGAGCUUGCUAACCUGGUUGAAGCUGUUGUUAAGGAAGGAUUCUGGUAUCACCACGCAGAGCCAAAGUAUUUGAUGCUAGUGUACUGGAUACCGGAAUGUGCUCAUACUCUUCCUGUCAAUGCUACCCAUCGAGUUGGCGUCGGUGCAUUUGUUUUGAACGACAAUAAAGAGGUACUCGUGGUUCAGGAAAAGAGUGGAGUGUUACGAGGGACUGGUGUAUGGAAGUUUCCCACAGGAGUUGUAGAUGAGGGGGAAGAUAUAUGCAAAGCUGCUGAGAGAGAAGUGAGAGAAGAGACUGGUAUUGACACAGAAUUCGUGGAAGUUUUAGCGUUCAGACAGACUCACCAAGCAUUCUUUGGGAAAUCAGAUCUGUUCUUCGUUUGCACAUUGAAACCUCUAACCUUUGAAAUAAGCAAGCAAGAACUCGAGAUAGAGGAUGCGCAGUGGAUGAAAUUCGAGGACUACACCGCUCAACCGUUACUCCAAAAACACGAAGUAUGGAAGUGUAUCAACAACAUUUGUGUCACAAAGAUUCAGCAGCAGUAUUCUGGAUUUUCUCCUGUGCUCACUUCCACAGCGUUUUCGAGCAAACAAAACUUCUUGUACCUAAACGAACACGACAUGAACAGGCGGUGAGGUCUCGUCGUCAAUCCUUGAUUGAUACAUUUUGCCAAGUAGCAUCAAUCUUGUUUGUUUGCUUCUUAAUCUUUUCUAGCUAUUGGACCAUACCUUUGUUUCUGAUACUCAAAACUGCAUAAGUUCACACUUUCAGUGAUUUCAAAAUACAUUGCUACAAUUUUCUAUGCA